AUGGCAGAUCAUAAUUCUCAUCGUAGCUCCGACGUGGAAGCGGCGCCGAAGGAGGAGCGAGAGAAGGUCACGAAUACAGAUAUUUUGAGACAGUCUUGGUCUAAGAAGGCCUUGAUCGUCGCGUUUACUGGUCUCUUCGCAACCACGUUCAUAACCCAAUUCCUCAAAUACGCGACAAAAGUCUACGAUGCAUAUGCUACCUCCGCGUUCCAGCGCCAUUCAGCGCUCGCGACAGCUAAUGUCGUCUUUGGUAGAGCAGAGGGUUUAACCUUUUCAAUUCUCUUCCUCGUUCUAUCACAAGUUAUGUACGCAGCCUGUCAAAACAUCGCAACUUACAUCGCCGGCGGCAUCUUCGAAUCAAUCGGCGACACCGGCUACGUAAUCAUGCAACAAGUCUUCAUCGCCGACACGACAAGCCUCAUCAACCGCGGUCUCUGGACUUCCCUCCCCGAAUCAUUCGCCUCCAUCCCAACGCUGUACCUCGGCUCCAUUGUAGCAGACAGUGUUCUCAAACACUCAACCUGGCGCUGGGGUUAUGGAAUGUGGGCUCUCAUCCUGCCUUUCUGCGCAGCGCCUCUUAUUAUUACUUUAUAUGUCCUUCAGCGACGCGCGAGGAAGGCUGGGUAUAGACGCAAAGGCGCUUGGGACGCUGCUGAUAAGACGCAGCCUUUGAGCAAGAGGAUAAUUAACCUCAUUUGGGUUGAUCUUGAUAUCCUCGGUGCUGUGCUUCUUGUUCUGGGUCUUGGACUCACGCUCAUUCCGCUUUCGCUUACGGGCGCGAGGAAUAGUGAUCGCUGGGACCAGGGGAGCUAUAUCGCCAUGCUUGUCAUUGGCGUUGUCGUCGUCGGCGUGUUUUUCGUCUGGGAUACAAAGUUUGCAAAGGUUCCAUUCGUUCCGUUCCGCAUGAUCAAGGAGCGAACUGUCGUUGCGGCUUGCGUUUUGUCCAUGUUGGAUUUCUUCCAUUAUUCUUGCUUUACGCUUUUCUUUCCAAGUUAUCUUCAGGUCGCUGGGGGUUUUAGUCCUGGACAUGCUACGCGCAUUGAUAACGCUCUUCGUGUCGCGUUUCAGAUCGCUUCGGUGCUUGUUGGUGUUUUGAUGAAGUAUACCAAGCGCAGUCAGAUCUUUGUCUUUAUUGGUGUUCCGCUCUGUGUUCUCGGUCAAGGAUUGAUGAUUCACUUUGUGAACAUGAACGGCGGACACGCAAACGAAGCUUCUUUCAUCACUGCAAAGACUCUUGUCGGUGUUGGUCGUGCAUUCUACCAGACAGCCGCUCAAGUCUCCAUUCAGGCCCUCGUCGCCAAGGAAGAUGUCCCUGUCGUGACGGGUGUUUACUACGCAGCCAUGAACUUUGGCGGAGCCGUCGGUACCAGUGUCGGCGGUGCCAUCUGGAACAACAUCCUCCCUCAAAAACUCACAACAUACCUCCCCGAGAAAGCCAAGCCCAACGCGUUCAAGAUCUACAAGUCCAUUGUCGUCGCUCAAAAAUUCGUAAAGGGUACACCUAUCCGCGCAGCCAUUGACCAAGCUUAUCGCGAGACACAGCGACUUCUUGCUAUUGCUGCGACGUGCUCUCUUGCGCCCAUGUUGAUUGUCAUGUUUGCGCUCAAGGCCGUUGAUUUGACAAAGGUUGAUGAGGCGAAGAUCGAGGAGAAUAAAUCUACUGAUGGAGAGGUUGAACCUGCUGUUAUGAGGGAGAAUGUGCAGGUGAAGAAUUAGGAC